GAGGCGGCGGCGGCCGCGGCGGCGGGGCGGCGGGGCGAGGGCGGCCGGCGGCGGGGAGGGAGUGAGUCACCUGACCGCUGCCCGCGCCGCCCGUCAGGCUCGCUGGCUGCCGUCAGUCGGGCCGCCUCGCGCCUGGGCUCCGGGUUGACGCCGAUCAGAAGCAUGCGCUCACUGCGUUUCCCAGCACCAUCCGCUACACAGAAUGUCUCUGAGUGAGAGUUCGGUUUUCGCCUACGAGUCCUCGGUGCACAGCGCCAACGUCUUGCUCAGCCUGGACGACCAGCGGAAGAAGGAUGUGCUGUGCGACGUCACGGUGCUGGUGGAGGGCCGGCGCUUCCGCGCGCACCGCUCCGUGCUCGCGGCGUGCAGCACCUACUUCCACUCGCGGAUCCUAGGCCAGGCCGACGCCGAGCUGCACCUCACCCUGCCAGAGGACGUGACAGUUAAAGGAUUUGAACCUUUAAUUCAGUUUGCCUACACCGCUAAGCUGUUCUUGAGUAAGGACAAUGUGGAUGAGGUGUGCAAGUGUGUAGAGUUUUUGGGUGUACGUGAUAUUGAGGAAUCCUGCUUUCAGUUUCUCAAAUGUAAGUUUUCGGACUCCACUGCUGACCAGCAAGAAUGCCCAAGAAUAAAAUGCUUCCCAUCGCGCUGUCAGAAAACAGACCUUAAAUUUUCCCUUUCAGACCAGAGGGAAUUGGAAAUAGAUGAAGUGGAGGAAUUUUUGGAAAACAAAAAUGUUCAGAUGCCUCAGUGUAAACUUCGUAGGUAUCAAGGAAAUGCAAAAGUGUCACUUCCUCUCCAAGACAGUGCCAGUCAAACAUGUGAAUCCAUGUGCUUAGAAAAGGAUGCUGCUCUGGCUCUGCCAUCUUUAUGCCCCAAAUACAGAAAAUUCCAGAAAGCAUUUGGAACUGACAGAGUUCGACCUGUGGAAUCCGUUGUCAAAGAUGUUCACACUUCGUGUGUCCCGCCAAAUGAGACAUCUGAGAGUGAAUGUCUCGGGGGCGUCCAAGAUUGUGCAGAUUUGCAGGUGAUCUUAAAAUGUGAAGAAACAAAAUUACCAGUGGAACAUGAAGAAGCCAAGAAGAAAGAUCCCGCUUCUCAGGGUCCGUCUGAGCAAACCGAGGUGGCUCCUCUACCCCACAGUUCCUCUGCAGACCCGCAUGGACUCUAUUCUCUGUCCCUCUUGCACACGUAUGACCAAUACGGUGACUUGAAUUUUGCUGGUAUGCAAAACAUGACAGUGUUAACAGAGAAGCCUCUAUCAGGUACAGACGUUCCAGAAGAGAAAUUAUUCAGUGAAAGUCAGGAGUUACAUUUGAAAUCGGACCCUGGCCCCAGGGAAGAUGGUAGCCUCGCCUCCAGUGACCGGAGCAGCGUGGAGCGGGAAGUGGCCGAGCACCUAGCGAAAGGCUUCUGGAGUGACAUUUGCAGCACGGAAACCCACUGCCAAGUCCAGUUAUCCCCUGCGGUGGCCAAAGAGGGUUCCGAACCCAUCUACCCACAGAAACGGUCCGAGUGUCCCUGGUUGGGCAUCAGAAUCAGCGAGAGCCCAGAGCCCGGGCAGAGGACUUUCACCACGUUGAGUUCUGUCAACUGCCCUUUUAUCAGCACUCUGAGCACCGAGGGCUGUUCGAGCAAUCUGGAAAUUGGCAACGAUGGUUAUGCUUCCGAGCCCCAGCAGGAACCUUGUCCCUACACAUGUGUGAUCAGCCUGGGAGACGAUUCUGAGACGGACACUGAAGGAGACAGCGAAUCCUACUCGGCCAGAGAACAAGAGUGUGAGGUAAAGCUGCCAUUUAAUGCCCAACGAAUAAUUUCUCUCUCUCGAAACGAUUUUCAAUCAUUGUUGAAAAUGCACAAGUUGACUCCAGAGCAACUGGAUUGUAUCCACGAUAUUCGAAGAAGAAGUAAAAACAGAAUUGCUGCCCAGCGCUGUCGCAAGAGAAAACUCGACUGUAUACAGAACCUUGAGUCCGAGAUUGAGAAGCUGCAAAAUGAGAAGGAGAACCUGCUGAAGGAGCGAGAUCACAUUCUGUCCACCCUGGGCGAGACCAAGCAGAACUUGACCGGCCUCUGCCAGCAGGUCUGUAAAGAAGCGGCCCUGAGUCAGGAGCAGAUCCAGAUCCUCGCCAAGUACUCGGCCUCCGACUGCCCACUGUCAUUUCUCAUCUCCGAGAAAGGGAAGAGUACUACCGAUGGCGAGCUUGCCUUCCCGUCUGUCUUGAGUUUACCCGAGGGGCCUCCCUCGGCGCCCCCGCCCGCCGGGGAGCAGAGCCCGGGCUAUCCCAGCACCGGCGGGGGCAGCGAGCCGGGGCCCGCGGCCAGCACUGGACAGGCCGGGUUUGUGGAACAGUGUCGGCCCAGCGGCAGCAUCUCGGAUUUCUGUCAGCAGAUGACUGAUAAAUGUACUACUGACGAGUAAACUUGCACCCAUUUCCUUCAGACCGGCUGAUUUUCCUGUUCAGGUUUUGACAUUGUUCGGACGCUCCAUAUAACCAUCUGUCUCUUAACCAUAUUGUUUUUUAUUUAACCCCCCCUCAUGGCUUGCUAUUAAGGGAAUUCCUCUGAAUUCAACCUGAUGUCUUGAUUUCGCUUCCUAGAUACUGAAAAAAAAAAAAAUCACACGUGAAAAUGUAGUAAGGUUCUAAAACUCGUGCUUCAAAGAAUAACAUUAGUCAUAACUUUUCCCAGUAUUCAAAAUAAACAUGAGAAUGAAAGCUAGCGGCAUUAUGGGAAAAAUAAAUGGUUUCACAACUUAAAGUAUCUCCAGAUAAUUCCUGCUAAAGAAGUAGCCUACACAAGUUUUAUUAGUGUGACCCUUUGCAAUAUCCCCGUGUAAGGGAAAAGUUCUCCCCAGGAAGUACUAAGCGAGUACUAAGGUCUGUUCUAUUCCUCAGCUCCUCAGGAGUGUUGGUGUGGGACGUCAGUGUGCAAAAUAGGAUCUUGAAGUUAAAAUAAAUAACAGCCUCAGAGAUCAUUGCUCCUCAGCUGCUUCCCGAAUCAGUGGUUGAUUGGUUUGCACCGUCCUCCCUAAACUGCCCUGGGAGUCAUCCUGCUCUCUCUCAGCACGGCAGGCUGCGUGAGGGGCCCAGAUGAGUCCUCUCCUUUCUCUCUGCAGUCACCUUCAUGUCUUUGGAAAGAGCAGCAGGGCUGGCAAGGGUCUUAGGCUUUAGAAUUCUGGACAGCGCCCAGGUGAGAACACCAGAUCCCAGGGAAGGAAGAGGGCCUAGGUCUAUCAGGUGUCGCAGUUCACUAUUUUGAAGUCUCGUAAUUCACUUGUUCAAACCAAACCCACCACGUUAUGGUAAAUGAAAAUGCACCUCUAGUGAUCAUGCAGGUUUGUGAAGUAGGUUGGAAUUUGGUCUUGGUCAUUGGAAAUCAGACUCGAUCCUAGUUCUCUUCCUCGACUCUGAUGUCCUAGGACCCACACACCAAUGUGACUUGUGUAUUUUAAAAUCGGUCUUUGGGUUGAUUCACUCCUGUACUUGAAAUACAACCGCUAUCAUCUGUCCCAUAAUAUUUUACAGAGGUUUUUUAGCCAUUCUGCUGUUAGAUUAGACUUCUGAGAGUCAAAAUUUGGAACCUUUUCAACAGCUGAAAAUGCAUAUUUUGCAUUGACAGAAACAUUUGCUACCCUAGUUUUUAAAGCACAGGAGAGAGUCCUUGGUAGUGUUUGGGUCAGAAAUGCCUUCACUUCAUCUGAUCAGACAAUUGUGAGAAACACUCUUGAUUGUACCCGGAGUUUAGGGGUGAGCCUGCGGAGCUGUCGUGGGGGACAGUGAUCCACUCUCCACCACGCAGGAGUGAGCAUCGGAGAGCAUCGGGGGGCCAGACUGAGUCUUUCAAACGUUAUCUUUUUCUGAAGUGAGGAGACCGGGGGAUAGUUUAUAAUCUCUGCUCUUAGUUACUGCAAGAAAAACUAGUUGGGCUUAUUUUCUUAUUACUUCAUAGGAAUUCUCAAGAAUUUGUCAGGGAGAAGGAUUAUUCCAUAAUGAUACACCUAUACUAAAAAUUGUGUAUAUAUAUGUGUGUGUACAUAUAUAUAUAUAAAAACCAUGUAGCUGUUUCUUUGAUACUUGUAAUUUUUAACUUCAGAAUAUAAAAUAAUAUAAAAAACUUUUUUGGUUUACAAAAUGUAAAAUCAAUACAAGCCAAUGGAAUUCUUGAUUUCCUACCUCAGUGUAUACUCAACUGUUUGUCAUAUCAGUUUGGUAUGUGCUAAUGUCAAAUGAUUUUUUGCUUUAAUGGCUACUGUAAAUAACCGCUUUGAAAGGUUACCAACUAUUUUUAUGGUAAACCCUCAAUGUCUCGAGAGUUUAAAUAUGAUUUUUAAGACACCUGGUUUAAAUUUCUUUCUACAUACAAACAUAAAUUCUACAUAAGUUUAGCAUUAAGGGUUUAUUUUGAUGAUAUUCUGGUUAUUGGCCAAGUGUAAUAUUUCUUAAAAUAUAGCAUUAAUUUUAAUAACCAGCAUGUAAUACAAGUACACUACCUCAUACCUACAUAAUUUUCAAGUUGUAAUACGAAGUGACAGAAUUUUUUUCAAAAAAAGACAUUUGUCUUUUUUGGCCAUAGGUGGAAAUGUUUUCUAGAUAAUUGCAUAACAUUACACUUUUGCCUAUUUUAACAUUUAACUUCUAAAGAAGUUUUUUCUUAAAAAAAAAUAGUUUCAGGUAUUUUUUUUUUGAGGCUGCCUAAGACAAAUGACAGGAUUAUGUGUAUACAGUGUAUAUCUUUUCCUUCAUGCAUAAUUUUGGAAAGGUGGUUUUUAGUUUGUAUAUCAUAUAUAUAUAUAUGUGAUCAUUGUUCCUUAUUUUAUUAAUUGGCUUUCUCAAUGCUUGAUUGAUUUUUUUUAAAAAAGAACUGUUAUGUCUAACUCAGUAAAUUAAUAUUGCAUUAAAUUGUUAUUUUCAUUAUGAAUUCUAUAGCUUGUAGUAAAUAAUUUGUUAAAUUUUUAUAUUUAAAAAAUGUGGAUAUAAAUCUUGGUUUCUCCAUCUAUAAAUUUUAAGGCAUUUCCUGUAGCGGAAUACUUAACCAGUUUUAAAUAAGGAAUUGAAUAUAUUUGAUGUAGUGGACGAUACAGGUUGCAUGUGGACAUUUAGCCACAUUAACAACUUGGGAAAAAAGUCAGAUGGCAAUGUUCUAAUGAAUUCUCAGGUGAACCUUUUCAGUUAUGAAACAUCUAUUUUGAAUUUGUAAAGUAUUUUAAAUGUUUUAUUAAGGCAUGUAAUAAACUAUUCUUUGAAACUUGUUGGGCAGAAUGAAAAUUUAAAGCCAUAAUGGUAAAGGAUGGCAGACUGAUUGUAAAAUAAACAAAUAUAAUAUC